ACGCGAGGCGGAAUUGGGGUCUGCUCUAAGCUGCAGCAAGGGAAACGGUGUGUGAGGGGAAGAGGCCUGUUUCGCUCCCGGGUCUCUAGUUCUUGCACGCUCUUUAAGAGUCUGCAUUGGAGGAACUCUGCCAUUACCAGCUCCCUUCUUGCAGAAGGGAGGGGGAAACAUACAUUUAUUCAUGCCAGUCUGUUGCAUGAAGGCUUUUUGGCUUCCUACCUUGCAACAAAAUAAUUGCACAAACUCCUUAGUACCGAUUCCGCCCACAGAGAGUCCUGGAGCCAGAGUCUUUUCUGCUUUGCAUUGUAGGAGAGGGACUAAGUGAUAGAGACUAUGUCGCUUUCCUGAGCUCCUGAGAACGCUCGUGAACUGGAAUCAACUGCUUCAGGGGAAGGAAAAAAAAAAAAAAACAGACUUGCUUGGGAGGCGGCGAGAAACUUGCAUUCGAAGCUUCAGCAACCAGCAUUCAAGAAACUCCUCUCCACUUUAGCACGGUCUCCAGGACUCAAGAGCCGAGAGACAGCGCAAACUGCGGCGCGGUGAGAGAGAGAAGAGCGAGAGAGAGAGGGAGGGAGACUCUCCAGCCUGGGAACUAUAACUCCUCUGCAAGAGGCGGAGUACUCCCGCCCCGCAUCUUUUGGAGACUUUUCUCUCUUCGCCCACCUCCGCCCCGGCCGGGAGUUGAGCCGCCCGCUCGGCCGCCGCGCGCGUGCCCUAGCUCGGCGUGCGCUUGGCCCCGGGAGCCGGGAGGGCCCGGCGAUUGCGCCGCGGCCGCCGCAAGGGUGUGAGCGCGCGUGGGCGCCCGCCGAGCCGGGGCCAUGGUGCAGCAAACCAACAACGCCGAGAACACGGAAGCGCUGCUGGCCGGCGAGAGCUCGGACUCGGGCGCCGGCCUCGAGCUGGGCAUCGCCUCCUCCCCCACUCCCGGCUCCACCGCUUCCACGGGCGGCAAGGCCGACGACCCGAGCUGGUGCAAGACGCCGAGCGGGCACAUCAAGAGGCCCAUGAACGCCUUCAUGGUGUGGUCGCAGAUCGAGCGGCGCAAGAUCAUGGAGCAGUCGCCCGACAUGCACAACGCCGAGAUCUCCAAGCGGCUGGGCAAACGCUGGAAACUGCUCAAAGACAGCGACAAGAUCCCUUUCAUUCGAGAGGCGGAGCGGCUGCGUCUCAAGCACAUGGCUGACUACCCCGACUACAAGUACCGGCCCAGGAAGAAGGUGAAGUCCGGCAACGCUAACUCCGGCUCCUCGGCCGCCUCCUCCUCCAAGCUGGGGGAGAAGGGCGACAAGGUCGGUGGCAGCGGCGGGGGCGGCCACGGGGGCGGCGGCGGUGGCGGGAGCGGCAACGCGGGGGGAGGAGGCGCCGGCGCGAGCGGCGGCGGCGCCAACUCCAAACCCGCGCAGAAAAAGAGCUGCGGCUCCAAAGUGGCGGGCGGCGCGGGCGGCGGGGUCGGCAAGCCCCACGCCAAGCUCAUCCUGGCGGGCGGGGGCGGCGGGAAAGCGGCGGCCACCGCCGCCUCCUCUUUCGCGGCCGAGCAGGCGGGGGCCGCCGCCCUGCUGCCCCUGGGCGCCGCCGCCGCCGCCGCCGCCGACCACCACUCGCUGUACAAGACGCGGACUCCCGGCGCCUCGGCCUCGGCGGCGGCCUCGGCCUCCGCCGGCCUCGCGGCCCCGGGUAAACACCUGACCGAGAAAAAGGUGAAGCGCGUCUACCUGUUCGGCGGCCUGGGCGCGUCGUCCUCGCCCGUCGGCGGCGUGGGCGCGGGCGCCGACCCCAGCGACCCCCUCGGCCUGUACGAGGAGGGGGGCGCCGGCUGCUCGCCCGACGGGCCGAGCCUGAGCGGCCGCAGCAGCGCCGCUUCGUCGCCGGCCGCCGGCCGCUCGCCCGCCGACCACCGUAGCUACGCCAGCCUGCGCGCCGCCUCGCCCGCCCCGUCCAGCGCGCCCUCGCACGCGUCCUCGUCGGCCUCGUCCCAUCACUCCUCCUCCUCCUCGUCCUCCUCCUCCUCCGGCUCGUCGUCCUCGGACGACGAGUUCGAAGACGAUCUGCUCGACCUGAACCCCAGCUCAAACUUUGAGAGCAUGUCCCUGGGCAGCUUCAGCUCGUCGUCGGCGCUGGACCGGGACCUGGAUUUUAACUUCGAGCCUGGCUCCGGCUCGCACUUCGAGUUCCCGGACUACUGUACGCCCGAGUUUUUCAGCACUGGAGAGGAGGAGGGGUUAAUAAGCAGACGUAUGUGGAAAUAACCCUUUAAUCAUCAGGAUUGCUUGUAGGAGCAUCUGGAUAGAUCCAUAUGUCAAGAAAACACUAAGAAUUCUGGCAUACCCUGAAGACACUGUGGGUUCAGUUUCAGACCACAAUAAAGCAAAUAUUGCAAUAAAGUGAAAAUACAACCGAAGAUAGGGUGUAUUUGACACACCCUAACUGCACUGCACGUUCACAAGGAUUUCCUUAUAAAUACAACGAUCUUUUUUUUUUUUAACUGCAUGUAGAUUUUUUGCCUUCUAUGAAACUGCAAGUAUACUGAUUUCUUCUGACUUUUGAUGUCAGACUUUGUGAGCAAAAUGUAUUCACCAUCUUUACAUCCAUAAAUUUCUAGGGUUUUAUGCUCAGUGUUAUAUUUUCUACUUUCAGCUAGCAAAUUCAAAACCAUAGUCUGAAAAGCUCAGUCUCAAGUGGAGCUUCAAGAUGGCGGAAGAGUAAGACACGGAGAUCACCUUCCUCCCCACAGAUACAUCAGAAAUACAUUUACAUGUGGAACAACUCCUACAGAACAUCUUACUGAACGCUGGCAGAAGACCUCAGACCUCCCAAAAGGCGGAGACUGCGGGUGGCGGAGGGGGGAGCUUCGGAGCCACGGAGCAGAGCGCAGCCACAGGGCUGCGGAGGGCAAAGCGGAGAGAUUCCCACACGGAGGAUCGGCGCCAAGCAGCACUCACCAGCCAGAGAGGCUUGUCUGCUCCCCCGCCGAGUGUGUAUAUCUAUAUAUCCUAUUGGUUCUCUUCCUCUGGAGAACCCUGAAUAUAUAUGGGUUAUAAUCUUGUGAGUCAGCUGAGAAGUCCCGCCAUCUGCAGACUACAAGCUAGAGAACCAAGAAAGCCAGCUGUAUAAUUCAGUCUGAAUGCAAAGUUCUGAGAACCAGCAACACCAGUGUCUGAGGGCAGGAGAAGAUGGAUGUCCCAAGCUUCUUUGGAGAGAGCAAAUUCGCCGUUCCUGUGCCUUUUUGUUCUACUCAGGCCUUCAACGGAUUGGAUAACGCCCACUCACAUUGGUGAAGGCUGUUAUCAUCUCAAAUAAGUAUUUCCACAGGAACUACUAAGCAAUGGCAAAAUUACAUGAAUUUUAGAGCCAAAAAUAUUGCAGAAUUGGAAGAAAACAGAAUCUUCUAGAAUAAUGACAUGGAAAUGAUCCUUGGUUCAGAUGGGAAGACAGAAACUAAGGAGUUGUAACGCAUGAAGAAAUGCAGGGACUUCGCUGGUGGCACAGUGGUUGAGAAUCUGCCUGCCAAUGCAGGGGACACGGGUUCAAGCCCUGGUCUGGGAAGACCCCACCUGCCGUGGAGCAACUAAGCCCAUGCGCCACAACUACUGAAGCCCUCAUGCCUAGAGCCCAUGCCUCGCAACAAGAGAAGCUGCUACAAUGAGAAGCCCGCGCACCGCAACGAAGAGUAGCCCCCGCUCGCCGCAACUAGAGAAAGCCCGAGCGCAGCAGCGAAGACCCAAUGCAGCCAAAAAUAAAUAAAUAAAUAAAUAAAUUGAUAAAAAAGAAAAAAAGAAAUGCAAGCAGAUGCUGAUGGAUUGUCUUGGACAGAUGGAGGGUGGAAUUUGUCAGGAUCUCUCUUGCACUAAUAUGGAAAAAGGCUGCAUGUGACACAUGUGACAAGACAGAUUACUGCCAGUACCUUCCUAAAUGUCAGGGAAAAUCUGAUUUUGCAGCUUCGUUCUCUGAAUAGAGUGGAUUCCUCCCUUUAAAAAGCACAUAUCUGAGAGGUGUCUUAGGCUGAGUUCCUGCAGAAGCUGACCAUGAGACCAGGAUUCGAGGGCAAGUACUGUGGCCUGUUUGGGAUGUGAUGGCAGAAAGCACUAGAAGUACGUAUGGGGAGACAGGUAAGGAAGGGAGCCAGCAUAGGGUUCCUUAGAGAGCAAGUUACCACAGUGGGAAACUGAGGCUCAGAGAUGAGGACCUGUGGGAGACAGUGUAGAAUACAACUUAGUAAGUCUAGUCCUACCUCCAGGUGAGGAAGCUGGGGUAGUUUUAAACUGACUUGCAUCCUCGAUUGCUUGAGGACUUCUCUGAGGGGCAUUAUCUGCCUGGCACUUCUAGCCUGUCCUCCUGCACUAGCAAAGUGGGGUCUUCUUCUGUUCAAGGAAGCCGUUGAACAGAGAAGCAGAGAAGGGAGAGCUAUAGGAUGCUGUCAGCCUGCUGUAGGAAUGGCAGGGGUGGCGUCCCUAGUGGGGUGCCCACAUUGUGAGUUCAGAGAGGAUACUUGGAUUCCUAAGCCCAUUUGCUCUGGUAUCUCCACCAUUUUAAUUAAUUUAAAAAUAUUAAUAAUAUGGUGGCAUCUGAGAAACGAUGGCAUCCUUUUCAAAAGUAGCAGUGGCUAGUGUCAUACACAGAGAAGCCCGGGAGUGGAGAUGGGGGAGCUCUGACCAGUUAAGGACCAAGAUUCUUGGGAGGAGAUCACUUGUUUUCCCCACAAGCAGGUUGGGAAAGAGAUACUUCGAACAGCCCUGACAGGAGUGUUUCAUAAAGCAGGGAGCAAACCUUCUUGAAGCCAUAUUGACUGUUCACCUGGCAAACGGCCCUUCCCCCUCAUUUCUUGAGAAAAGAGAGAAAC